CCUUUAACCCUGCCGGAUAGGGUAAAUGUGAACAAUGUAUCCAGUCUGGGCUGCUAAAAUAAGCAUGCAACUCCUCCCUUGCACUAUUCCCCAACAUGCAGCGGCGGAGGAUUAGCCUACUUCCUAAUAUCAGCGAAUGUGAUUUAUUUAAAAGGGGGAAAUUUAAGCUCUUCGUCUACACAAAACGAACAGUGUCAGAUGCAACAGACAGGCCCUCGGUUAGCUGUCCCGCUGUAGCUCACGCCAAAUAGGGGAGAUAGGAUUUCAUGGGCGUAUGCUUCGGCAAGUAUGGCUGACUGCAAGUACAUGGAAAAACAUAGGAUAUUUAGGCUGUGUAGUCACCGGGUGCGGACUGUAAAAACGAUGGAAAGUUGUGUGGUAUUUUAACGCCACGUUAUUUUAUCCAUGCAACAAUCGUGAUUUGUGAUCUUCGUGUUUUGUUUUCGGCUAAAGCGCAUUUCACGUAAACUGUGGGUUUAUGAUAUAAAUAUAAAGGCUUACAUCCUCUGUUUGAUUUGCUAAAUGUAUGAUCGGCUGCUGUUUACAAAAUAUUAAAGGCUUCAUCGGGUUUGGUCGGCCAUAUUUGUUGUAGGCUGUUAUGACUGAAAAUUGGGAGGGGGUGGACUUUCAUUGUGUUUGAUUUACAUUUAGUGAAAACAGGCUCUGCUCCUUUUCACUAUAGCACUUUUGUUUUAUUUUUAAAGAAGGAAGCAAACAUUGUCUGGCUUCCCUGCAUCACUUAUUGUUUUAACUGAGGAGAUGCACAUUGGUUUUUCUGUUUCCUUUAGGAGGGAUAUACACAAGGGAUCUUACAGGGAGACGGACUUAAACUGCAAACAUGUCUGGGGCUUCUGUGAAAGUCGCUGUUCGAGUUCGACCCUUCAACUCGAGGGAGAUCAGCAAGGAGUCAAAAUGUAUCAUUCAGAUGCAAGGCAACACUACAACUAUCCUCAACCCUAAAGCCCCAAAGGAACCAGCAAAGACCUUCAGUUUUGAUUACUCCUAUUGGUCUCAUACCUCUCCCGAUGACCCCUGCUUUGCCUCACAGAACCUUGUGUACAAUGACAUUGGAAAGGAAAUGCUGCAGCAUGCUUUUGAGGGUUAUAACGUCUGCAUCUUCGCUUAUGGCCAGACAGGAGCUGGCAAAUCCUACACCAUGAUGGGCAAGCAGGAGGAGGGGCAGGAAGGAAUCAUUCCCAUGCUGUGUGAAGAUCUGUUUGAGAAGAUCAAUGAGGACGGCAACAAAGAGGAGCUCUCCUACUCAGUAGAGGUCAGUUACAUGGAGAUCUACUGCGAGCGCGUCCGAGAUUUGCUCAACCCCAAGAACAAAGGGAACCUACGAGUCCGAGAACACCCGCUGUUGGGUCCCUAUGUAGAGGAUCUGUCCAAGCUAGCUGUCACCUCCUACACAGACAUCGCUGACCUGAUGGAUGCAGGCAACAAGGCCAGAACUGUGGCUGCCACCAACAUGAACGAGACAAGCAGCAGGUCCCAUGCUGUUUUCACCAUUGUCUUCACUCAGAGGAAACACGACAGCGAGACGGACCUCUCCACAGAAAAGAGCAAGAAGAAGAAGAAGAGUGAUUUCAUCCCAUACAGGGACUCUGUUCUGACAUGGCUGCUGAGGGAGAACCUCGGUGGGAACUCCAGAACAGCCAUGGUAGCUGCCCUCAGUCCUGCAGACAUAAACUACGAUGAAACCCUCAGCACUCUGCGCUAUGCUGACCGCGCCAAGAACAUCAAAUGCAAUGCUGUCAUCAAUGAGGAUCCCAACAAUAAGCUGGUGCGCGAACUGAAGGAUGAAGUGGCCCGGCUGAAGGAACUGCUCCGUGCCCAGGGCCUGGGAGACAUUCUGGACAUUGAUCCUAUGGGGGAUGAUUGUCCAGGAAGUGGAAUCAAAUGUGACGGUGCCCAAAGCUUUAAAAUGCCCCUUCUGAGUUCUCAAACUGAGGCUCAGAGCUACAGACGGAAAGCCCCUAUUGGUUCCCUGACAGCCUCGCCGUCUUCUGGCUCGCUGUGCAGCCAGGGGGGCCUUCAGUCAGUCACCAGCAUCCAAGAGCGAAUCAUGUCCACGCCUGGAGGGGAGGAGGCCAUUGAAAGACUCAAGGAAUCAGAAAAGAUCAUUGCUGAGCUCAAUGAAACCUGGGAGGAGAAACUGCGAAAGACUGAGGCAAUCCGCAUGGAGAGGGAGGCUUUGCUUGCAGAGAUGGGCGUGGCAAUCCGUGAAGAUGGAGGCACUUUGGGUGUAUUCUCUCCUAAAAAGACCCCACACCUGGUUAACCUGAAUGAGGAUCCUCUCAUGUCUGAGUGUCUGCUCUACUACAUCAAAGACGGAAUUACAAGAGUGGGUCAGGCCGACGCAGAGAGAAGACAGGACAUUGUUUUAAGCGGUGCUCAUAUCAAAGAAGAACACUGCUACUUCCGCAGCGAAAGGAAUGCAAACGGAGAUGUUAUUGUCAUGCUGGUGCCCUGCGAGGGAUCAGAGACCUACGUCAACGGCAAGCGUGUUGAGGACUCGAUCCAGCUUCGUUCAGGCAAUCGCAUCAUUAUGGGAAAGAACCACGUGUUCCGGUUCAACCACCCAGAGCAGGCCAGAGCUGAAAGGGAGAAGACGCCAUCGGCCGAAACCCCCGUGGAGCCCGUUGAUUGGACAUUUGCUCAGAGAGAACUCCUGGAGAAACAGGGCAUUGACAUGAAGCAGGAAAUGGAGAAAAGACUCACUGAGAUGGAAAUCUUGUACAAAAAAGAGAAGGAAGAAGCCGAUCAGCUUCUGGAGCAGCAGCGACUGGUUUACGAGAGCAAAUUGCAGGAGCUUCAGAAACAGGUGGAGACUCGCUCACUGGUAGCUGAGACACCCGAUGAAGAAGAGUUGGAGGAGGAGGAGGAAGAGGAAGAGCCUAAACUCCUUGGAUUGCCGUGGACUCAGCAUGAGUUUGAGCUGGCUCAGUGGGCCUUCAGGAAGUGGAGGUACCAUCAGUUCACCUCCCUUCGAGAUCAGCUGUGGGGAAAUGCCGUCUACCUAAAAGAGGCUAACGCCAUCAGUGUGGAACUGAAGAAGAAAGUCCAGUUCCAGUUUGUCUUGCUGACAGACACACCAUACUCGCCACUGCCCCCUGAGCUCCUUCCCCCAGAGCCAGAGAAAGAUCGUGACCCGAGACCUUUCCCUCGCACCGUGGUCGCUGUAGAGGUUCAAGACCUGAAGAAUGGAGCCACGCACUACUGGUCCCUUGAAAAACUCAAGCAGAGGCUGGACCAGAUGAGAGCGAUGUACGACCGCGCUGGAGAAAUGGCCUCCACGCACCAGGAGGAUUGUGAGGGCACUUUGACAGGAAACGACCCCUUCUAUGACCGUUUCCACUGGUUCAAACUCGUGGGGAGCUCCCCCAUCUUCCACGGUUGCGUCAAUGAGCACCUGGCUGACCGCACACCCUCUCCUACUUUCUCCACCACCGACUCGGAGAUCACGGAGAUGGCGGACGAGCGCCAGAGCGAGAUGUCUGACUUGAUCGACGAUGAGGCGUUCGUGGACGACACGAGCUCAGACGCCGGCACCGAGGAGGGCUCGGACAUCUUCAGCGAUGGCCAGGACCCCUUCUACGACCGCUCCCCCUGGUUCAUCCUGGUGGGAAGAGCUUUUGUGUACCUGAGUAACCUGCUGUACCCUGUACCUCUGGUUCACCGUGUUGCCGUAGUAACGGAGAAGGGCGAGGUGCGUGGCUUCCUGCGCGUGGGGGUCCAGGCUAUAGCUGCUGACGAGGAAGCUCCAGACUACGGGUCAGGAGUGAGGCAGUCGGGAACCGCCAAGAUUUCCUUUGAUGAUGAAUACUUCAAAAAGAAUGACUUCCCCUCCAAGGUCAUAACCCGCUCCGGGUUGUCCCUGGAAGAGCUGCGCAUCGUAGAGGGUCAGGGUCAGAGUUCAGAGGUCAUCACACCCUCAGAGGAGCUCAACAGAAUCAAUGACAUGGACCUCAAGCUGGGUAACAUUGGAGAAACCAAACUAAGUCAUGGGGAUGAUCUGGCAAGCCACUUGGAGGUGGGCAGCGUCUUUACCUUCCGUGUCACUGUGCUCCAGGCCAGCGGCAUCCUGCCUGAGUAUGCUGACAUCUUCUGCCAAUUCAAUUUCUUGCACCGUCACGAUGAGGCUUUUUCCACCGAGCCUCUGAAAAACACUGGCAAAGGAGCUCCUCUGGGCUUUUACCACGUCCAGAAUAUUUCUGUCGAAGUUACAGAGUCUUUUAUUGAGUACAUCAAGAGCAAGCCCGUCGUGUUUGAAGUGUUCGGCCACUACCAGCAGCACCCGCUGCACCUCCAUGGCCAGGACCUGAUCAGUCCUCCAACACCAUCCAGGAAAUACUAUCCUAUUCCCAUGCCUCUGUCCAAACCAGACCAUACCCGUAAGAUAGAGUUGAUCCGCUACCUCGUGAGCGGCUAUGUGAACGGCAAAGUGCUGGACACGCUGUCCGAGCACGCCAACUCCCUGGCGUCCUCUGCUCUGGCCAGUCUGGAGGACGAGGCUGACCAGCUCUCUCACUUCCCCUUCCUCCCAGUGGCCAGUGACCCUGUGCUAACUGUCCCCAAGCAUCAUGUUCCAGCCACCAAGUUGAACACCAUCACCAAAUCCAACCUGGGUCAUUGUGUCAGCAAGUACGACCUGCUGGUCUGGUUUGAGAUCAGCGAGCUGGAGCCCACUGGAGAGUACAUCCCAGCCAUCGUGGAUCACAGUGGAGGCCUGCCCUGCCACGGUACCUACCUGCUGCACCAGGGGAUCCAGCGGAGGAUCACAGUGACCCUCAUCCACGAGAAGGGCAGCGAGCUCCAUUGGAAAGAUGUUCGUGAGCUGGUUGUAGGUCGUAUCAGGAACAAGGCUGAAGUGGAUGAUAGCGCAGCCGAUGCUGUCCUGUCCCUUAACAUAAUUUCUGCCAAGAACAUCAAGUCAUCCCACAACAACAACAGGACUUUCUAUCGCUUUGAGGCAGUGUGGGACAGCUCCCUGCACAACUCCCUCCUGCUCAACCGCGUCACUCCCUAUGGAGAGAAGAUCUACAUGACCUUAUCUGCGUAUCUGGAGCUGGACCAUUGCAUCCAGCCUGCCAUUAUCACCAAAGACAUCUGCAUGGUCUUUUACUCCCGAGAUGCCAAGAUUUCCCCACCCCGUUCUCUCAAGAACCUCUUUGGGACUGGAUACUCCAAAACUCCUGACUGCAACCGAGUGACUGGGAUCUACGAGCUGAGCUUGUGUAAGAUGUCUGACACUGGAAGCCCAGGGAUGCAGAGGAGGAGGAGGAAGGUCCUGGACACAUCAGUGGCUUACGUGCGUGGAGAGGAGAACCUGGCCGGCUGGAGGCCCAGAGGAGAUAGCCUCAUCCUAGAGCACCAGUGGGAGCUAGAGAAGAUGGAGCAGCUGCAGGAGGUGGAAAAGACCCGUCACCUUCUGGCGCUGAGAGAGAAACUGGGAGAGGCGGCUCCCGUAGGAACAGCUCCCACCACCAAGUCCCUGAGCGAGUCUCUGUCCCCCAGCAUGAGCUCCGGCACCCUGUCCACGUCCACCUCCAUCUCCUCUCAGAUCUCCAGCACCACCUUUGAAAGCGCCAUCACGCCGAGCGAGAGCAGCGGCUACGAUUCCGCCGACAUCGAGAGCCUGGUGGAUCGUGAGAAGGAGCUGGCCACCAAGUGCCUGCGCCUUCUGACACACACCUUCAAUAGUGAAUACAACCAACUGGUGAACAGCAUCAGUGACUGCAAGCUUUCUGACAUCUCACCGAUCGGACGUGAUCCAUCCGUGACGAGCUUCAGUAGUGCCACCCUCACCCCUUCCUCUACCUGCCCCUCUCUGUCGGACUCCCGCUGUGGCUCCAUGGACCAGAAGACCCCUGAGAACAGCUCACGUGCCUCCAGUCCCUCCUGCUCAGACUAUGAAAACUUCCCGAUGGUUCCCACUCUGGAGACCUCCUACCUUGCGCGGGCUGCAAAGAACGAGUUCCUCAACUUGGUGCCUGAUAUUGAAGAAAUGCGACCAGGAUCUGUUGUGUCCAAGAAGGGUUUUCUAAGCUUCAUGGAGCCUCGCUCUAACUCAUGGGUGAAGCAUUUUGUGGUUGUUCGCCGGCCCUACGUCUUCAUCUACAACAGCGACAAGGACCCCGUGGAGCGAGGCGUCCUCAACCUCUCCACAGCACAGGUGGAAUACAGCGAAGACCAGCAGGCCAUGCUUAAGACGCCCAACACAUUUGCAGUGUGCACAAAACAUCGAGGCAUCCUCCUGCAGGCCAACAACGAGAAAGACAUGAACGACUGGCUGUACGCUUUUAAUCCUCUGCUAGCAGGAACGAUAAGAUCUAAGCUGGCGAGGCGGCGCAGCGGCCUGAUGAAGAACUGAGCGGGCGGAGCGGGAAAACCACCGCUUCCAUCCUUUCUGAAAAGCCUUUGAAAAUACCAAGUGUUAAAACUUAUUAAUCAUUGUGAUUCUUGACGGUUUUCUCUUGUAAGUAGACUUGUGGCUUAAGUCUCUUUUCAUGCGACUAAAACGUUUAAGUUCCACAGAACUUUUGCCUCCCCGCCUCCCUCCAGCAACCCCGCUGCCAACUCAGCUUUCCUCCUCUCUAUUCCCUCCCCUCAGCUUUUUGUGUUUUUGUUUCGAUGACAAUGUUUGGGUCUAAUUUUGUUCCGCUUCGUUGUCAUUCCCAAACUCCCCUAACUAAGUAGCAUGUUGUAGUAGUCUACUUGUGUGUGCACGACUCUUUAGAAACUUUCCGUUUGCCAAUCAUCUGUACAAAAAAAAUGUCUCUAUCAGUGUUAUUUGUCUCCUGAAAUGAGUUUCAUUCUAUUUUGGGGUUUUUUUGUUGUUGGUUUUUUAUUAAAUUAAAAAUGCUUGCAUGAUACCUGCAGCAGUCCUCAGGAGAAGACCAGGUUUGCUCAGUUUAAAACAAAAUUAACCAAAUCAGCCAGCUUACAUUUGAAACCAUGAAGGAAAAAUCUACAGAUCUCUCCAAGUGACGUGUUAGUUUACGCUCUGCUACCUAAACUAUAGCUGCUAAUAGAUUUAUAGGCUAUUUUUCUUCUCGCAGUGAGAUUUGCAUCAGGCUGAACCGUCUCUGAAACAAAAACUCAAAGUGGGAAUGAAAUUUGACAGGAGGGCCACGCCCGAUUUCCUCUGUCAUCCACGUCAUACUUAGAUCCUCCUCAAUCUGUGUACAUACGCCGCCUCUAAACCCCCGAUAGUGCCAGUGUCAGUUAGUGAGUCAGUAAAAUACUCAUGCAUUUGUGUUAACAUAAAAACUGCAGACUAACUAGAGACAAACAAGCGAGGAUCGCUUCAUAUCUCAGCAGUUUAAAAAAACAAACAAUGACCGAUUGUUCCUGCAGGAGUAGAUUCAGGCCCCUUUUUGCUUUUUCAUCCCAAGGAAUAAAAACAGGGUUACAAGGAGAGGAGGAGGAGGACUAGGAGGAUGAAAACGAACUAGAGGGAGAACUUGAUUUGUACAUGCGGUCUGUUCUGGGAUCAGUGUGGUAGUUAACCCUCAUUUAACACAUUCCUCUCUGCUCCUCUAGCUCGCUCUAUCUCACUGAGAAUCAGAAAGCCUUGACAUUUACUGCUAUUAACUUUACACUCUUGUUAUAAAGAUGCAAAGAAAACACGGUGGAAAGUUUAGGACGAAGUAAGGAAAAAGAAUGAAGGUGCAAUGUUUCUUUAGUUUUUUUGCUUUGACGGCAGUGGUUAGCCAGCAAAGCUGCUUUUAAAUGGCCCGCAGGACAGAUUACGAUGUAGUCCCAUGACUCCCCUCGCUGUCACACCAGCGUCGGCUGAAAUCUCUGAAGUGAAGUACUCGUGUUCAGCAGCACCACAGGGAACCAUGUGUUCAUUUUUCUAUUCUUAUUCUUGAAUCAAAACCUCAUCUAACUCUCAUUGUGUUCAUAUUUUUAUUUUAUUUUAACUUUUUUUUUUCUUACGCUUUUAAUCAUUCCACAAUGAAGGUUUUUAUGAAAUGUAACGGAGGGCAUUUAUUUCUUAAUUUCUUUUAACCUUAUUUUGCACAUUAACACAUAUCUAUAGCAAGGACAGAGACACAGCCACAUAUGUUGAGUCCAGGAUUGUAUUUGAUCAUCAGGAACAAAUGAUAAGAGCACAUAUCAGGAGUACACUGGAUAGCUGUUUCUCAAAGGGUUUAAUAGAAGGAAAGAAGUUAAAGGGACUACAUAUUCAAAGGUCUUAUUUCUGAUACUACCCUAUGAAAAUAUUUGCUCUGUGUGCCGUGCUGCAGCUGCUACAUUCGGCUCCGGAUUCACUUUUUGGCACCUACGCCUCUCGAGAUGUGUUAAUGCAGACAGGCAUAAAAAAACUCUGGUCAACCAACCAGCAGUCUGCCUGCUGUGUCGUAUGAAAUGCGUGGAAGGAGAGCAACCAACUGUCUGUUACAUAUAGAUAAAAAAAAAUGAAGCGCUGACGUGACCUCGGGUCAGCCAGCCUGACGGUCAGAGAAACAGAAACGUAUGGAUUGUGGAUCUCUGAGCUGCACAUCAAAGAUGCACCUAUGCACAGAUCAAGUCUCGAAAGUGCAAUGUACCUCAUAUACAUGUUGAUGCGAAGCGCUGCCAGAGCAAACGUUUUCACUUCAUUUUGCAGAGGUGUUUUUAUUUUGGAUUGUGUAUUUAUUGUUUGCAAUGUAUAUAUAUUAGUUUGCAGCUCUUUGCACAUAUUAAUAAAAGGUUCAACUAACUGAUCGAAUAAAGUCUGUGCGGUUUAGUUGUUCCACUCAUAUUAAACCAAAUGAUGGUGUGGCGGCCUGUUCUAGUGUGAACUGGGAGAGGGUUUGAAUGUAAGAGAGAGGGGGAAAAGGAAAAGGAGACCUAAAAUGUAACCCCUGCACCUCGACUGAGGAGGUGAGUUACAUUAGUGCUUCCUGUUUAUUAGAAAGCGGUUUGAGUGAAUUAGAAGUCUGUUGGGUUUUUGGGGUUUUUUUUGAGGAUAUCUACUCAUUAGUCAUACUAGGCAUCCAUCUGAACUCUAUCAAAAUAAAGGUGUAUUUUAACUCAUUUUUAUUUUUUCUAAUAUCAGGGAUAUAGGACUAUACAAAGUAGCUUGUGACAUCUAAAAUGACAGCACACUUAUUGUGUCUUUCUUCACCUCAUCACUUUUUUCUGUGUGUGUGUGUUUGUUUUUCCGUUGAUGCCUUUCAAACGAAACUAGCCAUGAUAUUUUCCACCUUCCCCCUCUGACAAUUAAUAUCAGUUAACCCCGCUCCCUUUCAGAUUUGUUCACCAAAAGAAAAGGAAAAAGCAAAACAAAAACAUCAUUAACGCUGUACAUUAUUUGUCAGACCGGUUUCAUUUUCAUACUUACUUUGUAAAUAUCUGUGUUGUAUGGAGCUUGAACUAAAAUGUAAAUAUGUUUACUGUAUUUGUAAUAAUUAUAAUCCAUUCGCUGUAUAGCAUAGAUGUGUCAUGCAGAUAUCCUAAUUCUGUGUAUGGUAAUCUUGCACCAUUGAACUGUUAGUGAAUGAGGCAACAAUAAAAGUGCAAAACGUGCAUUA